AUGAUAUCGAUGCCAAAAAAUCAUUGCAAUCAAAGUCACAGUCAACCAGCCAGCCACUAUGAAAAUUUACCAAUACAUAACAUUUCAUCCAGAAAAACAAGGCGAAAGAAUUCACCAAAUGAUCAUCUGCAACAACAACAACAGCAGAAGAACAAGCGAAAUAUUAGCAUAGUGAGGGAGUGGAAAAGCGCCAAACAUUCUUAUACAAAUGGAUAUAAACAGUCGCCCAUAGCGAAAACGAAAAGAGCUUGA